AUGUUAGGUUGUGUUACUAUAUAUACGGGUUAUGGGUAUCAGAGGAGGCCGUGCGUCCAAAGCAGUUUAGCUAUGACACCGCUACAAACCUUGCUCCUCCUACUUGUCUUCUAUGCCGCGCUCCUCACCACGGCCGUCUCCGGCGCGCCGUCUGUGCCACCAGCGCCGGUGCCGCCCGACGCAAAAAACUGUCCUGGCAAAUGCGGGGAAAUAGACAUCCCCUACCCAUUCGGCAUCGGCCCCGGGUGCUCCCUGUCGGGCCGGUUCGCCCUCACGUGCAACGAGACGACGAGUCCACCCACCCUGCUCCGGCGCGACAUCAAGGUCGCCAACAUCACGCUGGAGACGGCGCAGAUGGUGGUCUACACCCACCUGACCUAUAGCUGUGACCAGCCGGGCAGCAAGAACACGAGCACGAGGGUGAGUGCGGUGCUCCGCGUUCGCAACCCGUUCCUGAUCUCGGCGUCGGCCAACGUGUUCACGGCCAUCGGGUGCAGGUCGGCGGCCAGGCUCAGGAGCCGCAGCGUCAGCGACUACCUCACCGGCUGCAUCACGACGUGCCUGAGGGUGAACGACACCGGGGACGACGGCACGCCCUGCAGCGGACACGGCUGCUGCGAGACCUCGCUGAUUUCCCGCCUCAACCAGGUCAACGUCAGCUGGAGCACGCGCGCGCUGGGCACCAACCCUGUGCCUGAAAGCCCGUGCCAGUACGCCUUCGUCUCCACCAAAGGCUGGUACCAUUUCAAAAAAACUGAUCUAAUUGGGAAUAUGACAUUCAUAAAUAGACUUGGACAUGGCCCCGUCGUUCCUGUUGUCCUUGACUGGGCAAUACGGGAUGGAACAUGCCCGUCGGCGCCAGAGGGUGACAACAGUGAGAAUGUUCCCUACGCAUGUGUUAGCGCCCAGAGCUAUUGCGUAAAUGCCAGCAAUGGAGCACGCGGCUAUUUCUGCAGAUGUUCUAAGGGAUACAGUGGCAACCCAUACAUUAAAAAUGGAUGCACAAAUAUUAACGAGUGUGAGCUACGGAGAUCCCCAAACUCAACAAUUUACAAGAACAUGUAUCCUUGUCAUGGAGGGAGAUGCCACGAUAGAGAAGGUGACUAUGAGUGUAAAUGCAAUUUCGGACGAAGAGGUGAUGGUAAAAGCCAGAAGGGUUGUGAACUUGUAGUGUCCACGACUGCUGUAGCGGUGAUAGGAACAAUUGGUGCCAUUGCAUUACUCGCCGUGCUACUGAUAUUCUUACAUAUGGAGAACGAGAAAAGAAAACUGAGAGAUUGUUUCAACAAAAACGGCGGACAAUUACUCAAAAGCCUCAAGGUCGAGAUCUUCACAAAGGAAAAGCUAGACCACAUCACAAAUAACUAUCGUUGCAUAAUCGGCCAAGGCGCCUUCGGCAAGGUCUACAAGGGAGCCACGGGUGCCAGAGACAAUGUACGGGUUGCCGUGAAAUGCUCGAUCCCCAUCAACCAGGACUGGAAGAAGGAGUCUUUUGCGAAUGAGAUCACAAUCCAGUCCAAUAUCAGCCACCGGAACCUGGUCCAACUGUUGGGUUGCUGCCUGGAGACGGAGGUGCCCAUGCUGGUCUACGAGUACGUGCCCAGGGGGAGCCUCCACGACGUACUCCACGUUGACAAUAAGGAACCUCUCCCGCUGGAAACACGCUUGGAUAUCGCUAUCUAUUCAGCAGUUGCGCUCGUUUACAUGCACUCGGAGGCGAGUCAGACAUCAAUCAUCCUCCACGGAGAUGUGAAGUCGGGCAACAUCCUCCUGGACGACGGGUUCACGCCCAAGGUGUCGGACUUCGGGACGUCGAGGCUCAUGUCCAUCGACAAGGACCACACCAACUGGGUGGUCGGGGACAGCAGCUACAUCGACCCCGUGUACAUGAAGACCGGGCUGCUCACCGAGAAAAGUGACGUGUACAGCUUCGGCAUCGUACUACUGGAGCUCCUGACCCGGAAAAAAGCAAGGUAUGACGGGAACCAUAGCCUGCCACUGGAUUAUGUCAAGGCUUCCAUGGGUGGGGCGGUGAGGGAGAUGUUUGAUCCAGAGGUUGCGUCUGGUGGGAAGGAAAAUGAGGAGUGCCUCGAGGAGGUGGGCAAGAUCGCGGUGCAAUGUCUCAAGGAGGAUGUGAACGACAGGCCCACCAUGAGUGAAGUGGCUGAGAGACUUAAAAUAUGUAAGUGCCGGUGGUUGGAGCAUGACAGGAAGACGAAUGAGAUCUGCACUUAG